AUGGAUGACGGCGAGGUGCUCAAGAAGAGAGGCUACAUUAUGGGCAUCAACCUCGGAGAGGGCUCGUACGCCAAAGUGAAAUCAGCCUAUUCCGAACGGUUGAAGUGUAACGUGGCGGUCAAGAUCAUCGAUAAGAAGAAAGCUCCCCGAGACUUCCUGGAGAGGUUUCUCCCUCGAGAGAUUGAGAUGUUGGCGAGGGUGAAGCAUCACGCCAUCGUCAAGACCUACGAAAUCUUCGAGACCUCCGAAGGGAAAGUGUACAUCGUCACCGAACUCGGUAUCCAAGGAGACUUGCUGGAGUUUAUUAAGAAGAAAGGAGCCAUUCCCGAAGAGAUUGCCCGUAAGAUGUUCCACCAAUUGGCCAGCGCCAUUAAAUAUUGCCACGAGUUGGACAUUGUUCACCGGGACUUGAAAUGCGAGAACCUGCUUCUGGACAAAGAAUACAACAUCAAGUUGACAGAUUUCGGCUUCUCCAAACGCCUGUCUCGUGAUGAGGACGGGCGGGUCAUUCUUAGCAAAACUUUCUGCGGGUCUGCUGCCUACGCAGCUCCUGAAGUGCUCCAGGGCAUCCCCUACCAGCCCAAGGUUUACGACAUCUGGAGUAUGGGCGUGGUGUUGUUCAUCAUGGUCUGUGGCUCUAUGCCUUACGACGAGUCCAACAUUAAAAAAAUGCUCAAGCUUCAGAAGGAGCACCGAGUGCACUUUCCCCGGUCCAAAGUGCUCUCGGUGGAAUGCAAGGACCUCAUUUAUCAUAUGCUUCAGCCUGACGUCUCCCGACGGCUGUGCAUUGACGAGGUUUUGAUGCACAUCUGGAUGCAGGAACCCAAAGCCAUUUCGGACUCCAUGCUGACCAAGUCCGGCGAAUGCUCGCAUCAUCAGAGCCAGAUCCGAUCCCUCUUCGGGAAGGAAACCGGUCCGCAGUUUUCGGACAAUGAACAAGUGAAACAAGAAAUACUGCAUGAGGAUCUCGAGAAGCUAGACAAUUUCCCUGAUCAGAUUGAAAGGACUUCCCUCUGA